GGGUUCCCUACAUCAUCUUCUACUUGAAAAAUAUCGCCUGCGAUUGUUGUUAUCACGGAUCUGCUAACUCCUUGGGGAGGAGACACUCGGCCCCUCAUCAAUCUUGCCUCUAGGAAACCCGGGUAUCAGGACGUGUUGCUGCGAGCAAUGUCGUCCAAUUCUGGCCAGAAUCCUUCCACUUCCAAGGCGCUGAAUAUUUCCAACAAAUCGUCCUCAUCAUCGUUCCAUUCUGCGCCAGCCGUUGACAGCAGUACUAGACGCGUAGGAGGAUCGGGCAGUUUCGGCGCGGGAUUGGCGUCAAGGAGCUCGAGCUCUGCGCGAAACAACCAGGCUCUCCGUAGCCAACACAAACGACAGAGACGUCCUCGACUAUUGGAUGCUGAUAUUGAUGAGUCGACCAUCAUGAGAUCAACAACCAGCCGAAAGGGACAAACGUCCAUUACCCAUUUGAUGAACUUUUCUCUUCCCCCACGACCAGAGUACCACCCGCCGCCCCGGAAUCCUCGCCGGUAUAACUCAUGGGGUCUCGGCUCUGGCUACCAUGCGAUGGACAAAGCUCGCUAUGUGCAUGCAAACUACCGUUUUAUCGUCGCCCCAAACCGAGCAUAUCAUGCCCAAGCAGCGAAUGCUGAUGUCCACCUGGACUGGGACUCGGUUCUUCAAAUUCUCGUGUCUGCCCAGACCCAGUCGUCCAGCUGCCCAAUCUGCUUGUCUACGCCUGUAGCACCGCGAAUGGCUCGAUACGACGAUCAUCCAGUCCCUGAGAAAAAGGCGCGCUGGAAAAAGUGCCCCAUUUGCUGGGACAGCAUUUACAUUUCAGAAACACGGCCUGUGAGAUGGUUCAGCGGCCAGGAAGGCGUUCUGCCUUUCGAGGGCGGUGAUGUCGUGCUAAGGCUCGUUAAGCGGGAUCCCGGUAGCACUCUUGCCUUGCCCAGGGAUGGCGCUGAAAGCCUUGCCCCUGGGGAAGAUAUCCCCUGGUAUCAUGCCGCGGAGGUUGCAGACUAUGCUCGUAUUAUGAAAGGCGGAGAAGAUUACAUGAUCUCUCAAUAUAACACUGAGAUUGAAGACUUGCGCAGACAGGAGCAAGAAGAUGAAGUUCUGUUUGGAGACGACACAACAUGGACAAAAAAGGCAGUGGCGGCUAUAAACGAUGCAAAACAGAAGUUGCAAGGAAUAGGGAAUCCUCCUGAGGCCUUACCGCAGCCAACUGUGAACCGGCCACCAAAGGAUCCUAUCACUUUUCAACAACCGCCAGAAGAGGUUGCGCUCAUGUAUACGGCCCAACAUAGCGCAAAGUCAGGCAAAUCCUCACCAGGCCCGCAAUCGAAUACACCUGAGAUGAAUGAAACAACCGAGGCAAUGGGCAAUAUGAGCUUGACCAAUGGCACAAAGCACAAACAAAAGAAUCCUGUGACUAAUCGGGACGGCCAUACGAAGAAAGCCGGUAAUGCGCCUCAUCCUUCUGACCAGCCAUACUACUUCUAUCAAGCUCUACCUCAUUAUUAUCUUUCGCCCCUGGACAUUCGCAUUCUCAAAGCCGCAUUUGGCGAGUAUUCCUCGUUUCCUGCAACCAUCCUACCGCGUGUUGAGCACAUCACUUCCGGUCACAUUGUCGAUGAUGAGCUACGCAAACGCGUCAAGUACCUCGGCCAUCUCCCUCAAGGCUGUGAAGUCAAUUUCCUCGAGUGUGAUUGGAGAGGCGUUGUCUUGCCGGAAGUCUUGGAACAGUUUAGUACAGAGAUUUCGAAAAGACGAAAGCGACAUAAGGACAAAGAGCUUCGCGAAGAGAAGAGUCGUAUCAGGGCAGAGAAGGAAGAGGAUGAGAAGCGCUGGGCCGCAGCGCGUCAGAGAAGGCCGAGCGUCGGCACCAGCAAUCGGCCGUUCUCAGAUCAUGAUUUCCUGCCAUUGGCAAGUGAUAGCGCCAAUAUCGAUCUUGCUUCGUCGGCGUCCCCCCCUCGGCCAUCAUCCCAUUUCAGUGCAUUGGCCAGUCCUUCGAGUAGUCCACCCGGAGCCCGCACUGUCUGGGGAACUGCCGCUGUUACAUCACAUCUAGGGGCGCCGCCAGAUCAUAUGAGGCCUACUCCUCACGAUGGAUGGCGUGAAGGGUGGGAAGAGGAGCUCUUUGCUCAGCAGGAGUCCGAUCUGAUCGCCCGGACCGCCGUGGACGAGAAUAGUAACCCCUCUCAAACGAAAAAGAAGGGGAAGAAGAACAAAAAGAUCACGCUCAUGUCCACGAACAUCCAGCGGGGUGCCUGACCUGUUGGUGCUAGCCUUUGCCAGAUAACUCAUUAUACUUGUAUUUUCUUCAGUUCUUUCAGCGGAGUCAUCGGCGGUAUUUGGGAGUAGAUGGGCAGGAGUCGAGGACAUC